CCUUUCGACUUCAGAAAUAAGUCCCGCGUGCUCCUCUCUGGGCGGCCAGGGGCCACUGAGCCACGCCUCGCCCCGCCCGAGCCACACGGAUACUUCUCCAGACCAGGAGAGUCUCCCAGCAUGGCUGCCAGCAGCUUGAAGGUGCUGAAGUAUGUGCUGUUCUUCUUCAACCUGCUGUUCUGGGUCUGCGGCUGCUGCAUUCUGGGAUUUGGCAUCUACCUGCUGAUCCUGGACACGUAUGGGGCGCUGAUCCAGCAGCUGCCCUCCCUCACCCUGGGCAACGUGCUCAUCAUCGUCGGCUGUGUCAUCAUGGUACUCGCCUUCCUGGGCUGCAUGGGAGCCAUCAAGGAGAACAAGUGUCUGCUCAUGUCGUUCUUUGUGAUCCUGCUACUCAUCCUCCUGGCAGAGGUGAUCCUGGCCAUCCUGCUCUUCAUGUACGAGAAGAAGGUCGAUGACUACGUGAACACGGAGCUGAAGGACAGCUUCCAGCAUUACCACAAGGACAACGCCACUAAGAACGCCUGGGAUGCCGUCCAGCAGCAGCUGCAGUGCUGCGGAGUAAACAAUGGGACAGACUGGAAUGGUCCCCGCCCGGAUUCGUGUCCUAAAGAAACUGACGUGCAGGGCUGCUACCAGCUCAUCAAAGAGUGGUUUCAAGCCAACUUCCUCUACAUAGGGAUCUUCAUCAUCUGCGUAUGUGUGAUUCAGGUGCUGGGGAUGUCAUUUGCGCUGACCUUGUACUGCCAGGUGGAGAAGACCAGCAACUCCAUGUCACUGUAACGUAACCCUGGAGACCCGGUUCUGUCCUGGAGCUGGGCCACUGCGGAGCCUCAGGGCCUUGGCGGCCGCUUCCUCACUAACAGCUCCUGUCCCUUGUUCCGCUCCUGUCCUGCCUCCUCCUCCCCCUCCUCCGCUCCCUUCCUCCAAGAGCUGCCGAGGUUGCUGUCCGGGCCGCUGCUCCCAGCCCUGGCCAUCGGCUCUUCCCCAGGCUUCCCACCUGGGGAUUGAUAGAUGCUGGAAGCCACCGCCCCCAUACGUGACCUUGACGGCCCAGGGAGGAAGACCAGAUGUUUUAGUCUGGGUCCUGGGAUCCCAUGAGACAGGGCAGACGCAUUAGGAUACCUAGGAAGGCCAGGUCAGGCCCCUCUUCUGACUCCAACUCCCAAUUCACCUCACAGCACUUUUUCCACCCCAACAAACCCACCUCCUCUCUCAGACCCUACGACCUCCCUUCCUCCUUUGGUUCCCUCUGCCCCUCCCUUAACCCCGAGCCAAUAGGACCCCCUCAUAUUGCAGACACUGGUGGGGUGGGGUGCGAGGGAAUCGGCACCACCCUCUUCCCUGGGAGUCCCAACCAUGAAGUUGCCACAAGGCGAUGCCAUUUUUAGGUUGUUUCUGUAAACUUGUCAUAUUUCCAAGAGGAAAUUGCUAUUCAGAAUAAUCUCCCCAGAGACCUCUUUUCUUAAUUCUGACUCUUGUCGCCUCCCAGCCCCUCAUACAGACUUUGCCAGAAGCCCUAUUGAUCUGCUUCUGUCUUUUCCCUGGGUGGCAGACCCCCAGAUCUCACCGAAGCAAGGAUAGCUCAAGUCAUCUGCUACUCACAUGUUCUGUUAACCAAGGCUUACCUUGUUUCUUGUUCUCAAACCAAUAAACUUGCCAUUUUGGAGUUCAACCUA